AUGGGUACGUUAAGCGAGGUUUCUCUCGCACAUCACAGAGAUAUUUUCCACUACUACGUGUCGCUGAAGACUUUUUUUGAGGUCACUGGUGAGAAUCGCGAUAGGUCGAACUCUACGAGGGCCCAGAAAGCAAGAGCCAAACUGCUAAAACUAUCUUCGUCCCAGUUCUACGAGCUGAGCACGGACGUCUCGGAUGAGCUACAGAGGAGGAUUGGUGAGGAUGCUAAUCAACCGGAUUAUCUUUUGCCGAAGGCUAAUUUCCACAUGAAAAGAAAUCAGGCUAGACAGAAACUGGCCAACCUGUCACAAACUCGUUUCAACGAUUUACUGGACGACAUUCUUUUCGAGAUCAAGAGAAGAGGGUUCGACAAGGAUUUGGAUGCCCCGGCACCGACACCGGCACCGGCACCACAAGCGCCACCACUACGGGCAACGAGGCAAGAGGUGGUCAAAGGCGGUCAUGACUUUGUGAAAACGUCCGCAAAUUCUUCUUCUGUAGCACAAGUGGCCCCAAACGUCUCUGUACAGCCCUCUUUAGUCAUUCCCAAGAUGGCGUCUAUUGAUUGGUCUUCUGAAGAAGAGGAAGAAGAAGAAGCAAAGCCAAAGUUUUUGAAGUCAAAGGAGCCAGAGGAAGAGAAAGUAAGUAAGGAUGAAAAAAGGGAGGCUAAGCCCUCUUUGGAAUGUAUUGUCACGGAUUCGGCUGUGUCUGACUCUCAAGAACUGGUUCAUGACAUCGCAUCAAUGGCAAGAACUCCCACCAUGACGCAAAAAAAUUACUGGGACGUCAACGACUCUCCCAUCAUUAAGGUAGAUAAUGACGUCAGUGAAGACAAGUAUAUCGAACAAAUGGAAAGUCCUGACCUACAGCGACUUGAAAAUGGUGACUCUGAUUCGAACAUGAAAGACAAAAUGAAAGAGUUGACUGAUUUGAACGGUGAUUUGUACUCGCAAAUCGAAGAUCUGAACACCAGAUUAGCUUCUUUAGCGAGUGAGAGAGAAAAGGAGAAAGAUCUAAAGAACAAUCACACCAUUGAUGGAAACUUCCAGAAAGAAUUGUUGUCAUUGAACUCCCAAAUCGGUGAAUUGUCGAUUGAAAACGAGAAUCUGAAGCAGAAAAUUUCGGAACUUGAAUUAUCUCAAAGGAAAAGCGGCAACCACAAUGAUCCGAAAAUCACUGACUCCUUUAUCAUCAAAUAUUCUUCUGUUGAAGGCCUCAUCCCCGUUGAAUACAUAUCAAAUGCUAGAAACCUAAUAAUUCAAUUUACCACUAGGCUUUCCGCGCUACCUACAAGCGACUCCACGGUAAUUUCUCAUCGAAUGGGUAAGGAAUUAUUUCAGAUAUUGUCCCAACUAUCGAAUCUAAUCUCUCAGCUAUUACUCUCAGCGGAUCUAUUGCAGUAUAAGGAUCAGGUCAUUUUAUUAAAAGCGUCCUUAUCCCAUGCGAUCACUUCUAUAAGAUAUUUCUCAGUUUAUGGACCCGCAUUGGUUCCUAAGAUAACUGUCCAAGCCGCCGUUUCUGAGAUCAGCUUUGCUAUAUGUAAUCUAGUGGAUUCAGCAAAGAUCAAGUCGGAUUCAAAUUUCAUUAACAUGAGCGGUAAUGAAACUAAUGGACAAACAAUAGAAUAUUCUCCACCAACAACCACCACUCCAAUGACCCCGACAUUCCCUACAAGCUCUUCAUCUUCGAUAAACAUGAAGAAGGCGUUUAUAAAUCCUAGGGAAUCGGUGUCUUUUCUAAACGAUGUAGAGGAAGAAGAAUCUCCGGUGAAGCCAUUAAAAAUCACCCAAAAAGCAAUCAAUAGCCCGAUCAUAAGACCGUCUUCAGCUAAUGGUGUUCCAACAGCUUCGAGGAAGCCUUCAGGAACGGGGCUGUUUACCUUGAUGAUGGAUUCAUCAAAUGCUAAGAAUAACUCUCAUAAAGAUGACAAUGAUAAAUAUGUUUCGCCAAUAAAAUCUAUCACAUCCGCGUCUGAUUCUGCGAGCAGUAAUAUCUCCGAAAUUCCUAAGCUAACGUUACCUCCGCAAAGCAACGUCUCCGUCACACCAUCAGAAAAUCGAGUCCCCGAUAUUAAAGUCGAAAAUAUAGAAAAAGAAGAGAAAGAAAUAAGCACAAAUAUAACGACUCCAACCUCAGCUAUUUCAAAUUCGGACAUUGCCGAUAAGCUAAAACAACUUGAGCGAAAAUCUGAAAAUUCUGAACCAAGCGAACAAGUGAACUCGAAACCCAAAUUGUCUAAUAAAUUUAUCAGUUCAAUGAAUGAGGUGUCUACGGAUGAUGAUUCGAGUACCGAUGGUAACGGAAAUAACUAUGUAGAUGAUGAUGACGACGACGAUUUUACUUAUAUGGCAUUGAAACAGACCAUGAAAAGAGAAGGUUCCAAAAGUGAGAAAAAAAAGAACAGUGAUUUACCUGCAAGAAUAAUAGAAAUUGAUUUCAAUGAGUCUCCGGAAUCGGUGAAAAUUGAAUCUCCAGAAUCGAUGAAAUUUCAAUCUCCAGAGCUGAUAAAGAGGGUUGUUUCUCCAGAAACGACAAAAAAGACUACAUUUUCAGCAUUUUCUAAAGAUAUUGAAUGUCCGGAAAUGACGAAGAUUACAUCCCCAGAGACGAUAAAAAAGGUUGCAUCUUCUGAAUUAACAAGGACGUCUGGAUCCCCAGAAUUUGUUGAGGUGAUUGAGUCUCCAGAAUUGACAAAGAAGUUUGAAUCUCCAGAAUUACUUGAAAAAAAUGCCUCUCCUGAAAUGACAAAAAGGCCUGUAGCUGAGAGAACUGAGUUUCCGGAAAUGACAAAGAGGCCAGGGUCUCCAGAAAUGAUGAAGAAUAUUGCAUUUUUGGAGAUGACAAAAAAGUCUGCACCUCCGGUAUCAAUUGAAAAGAUGGCAUCUUCAGUCCAAGAGAUGACAUAUCCGGUGUCAGGCGAAAAGACGGCAUCUCUUAAAUCAUUUGAGAAGACAGCAUCUCCAGUCGAAAAGAUGACAUCCCUAAAAUCAUUUGAGAAGACUGCAUCUCCAGUCGAAAAGAUGACAUCUCCGGUGUCAGUAGAGAAGAUUGUAUAUCCAGUCGAAAAGAUGGCAUCCCUAAAAUCAUUUGAGAAGACUGCAUCUCCAGUCGAAAAGAUGGCAUCUCCGGUAUCAGCAGAGAAGAUUGCAUCUCCAAUAUCAGUUGGAAAGACGGAAUCUCUAAAAUCAUUUGAGAAGACUGCCUCUCCAGUUGAAAAGAUGACAUCUCCAGCGUCAGUUGAGAAGAUUGUAUAUCCAGUCGAAAAGAUGGCAUCCCUAAAAUCAUUUGAGAAGACUGCAUCUCCAGUUGGAAAGACGGCAUCUCCGGUAUUGGUUGAGAAUAUCAAGUCUCCAGAAAUGACAAAGAAUAAAGAGUCUCCAGAAGUAGUAAAAAAAAAGGCUAUGUCUUCAGAAGUGGUAAUGAAGGUUGAAUCCCCAAACAUGACCAGAAAGAUUGAGCGUUCAGAAUCGAUAAUGGAGGUUGAAUCCCCAAAUAUGACCAGGAAGACUACUUCUCCGGAAGUGAUAAAGGCAAUUGAACCUCCGAAGGUGUUGAAAAAGAUUGUAUUUCCAAAGGCAAUAAGAAAAACUGAACCGCCAGGAUUGGUUGGGGAGAUAGUGUCUUCAGAAACAUCAAGAAGGAAUGAGCUUCCAAAAGCCAAUAAUCUGGCUGUAUCUCCAGAAGCUACAGAUGCUCCACCCUUAGAAGCGAUGGAGGAAACAGUUGAAUUACCGCAUGUGAAGGCCACGAGUUUGAACAAGCUUGCCGGUUUGAAUGCAGAAGGCAUGGGCCUCAACACUUUAAAGACAGACGUCGGUCCAAACUUAGCAAUCAAACAAGAGGAGGAUGAUGAUAAAGAUUUCAACAAGGUGCCUGAUGAUUAUGUAGCGAAGAGCAUUACACAGCCGCAUACUGCUCACGGAAAUAUAGACUUCAAUAGACUACCUAAUGGUCAUAAAACAGGAACCGGAGCGCAGAUACAUAACGCUGAAGAAAAACAUGAUUUUGUAGAUCCGAUCAAAAGUGCACAUGUAAAGAAAGCGAACUAUUUGUCAAGUUCAAAAGAUAAACUAGUCAAUGGCGGGAACUCAAAGGUGAACGGCGGCGCUCUCAACGGUGUCAGGGUGGUGAGGAACAUUCCAGAAACCAUGGCGCAUGAAGAAGAACACGAUAGUGACGACGAUUCCAGUUAUCAAUUUGUUCCCAUGAAACACAGGGGGCAAGAACAAGACCAAGUUGAAACGGAUGAGAGCGAGGAAGACGAAGACGAAGACGAUGACGAAGACGAUGACGAAGAAGAAGGCAGUGAUUUUGAUGUGGACACAUUCGACAUUGAAAAUCCGGAUAACACACUGUCGGAAUUAUUGUUGUACUUGGAACAUCAGACAAUGGACGUCAUAUCCACGAUUCAGUCGCUUUUGACAUCGAUCAAGAAGCCGCAAGUGACAAAGGGAAACCUGAGGGGGGAGUCCAACGCUAUAAACCAAGUGAUAGGCCAGAUGGUGGAUGCCACCAGCAUAUCGAUGCAACAAAGCAGGAACGCCAAUUUGAAGAAACACGGUGAUUGGGUGGUGCAAAGUUUGAGGGACUGUUCGCGCAGAAUGACGAUUCUGUGCCAGUUGAACAGCGAUGGGGGGCUGACGAAGGACAGGAGCGACGAAGAUUAUGCAGACAAGAACUUCAAACAGCGGUUGGCGGGGAUAGCGUUCGAUGUGGCCAAGUGUACGAAGGAACUCGUGAAGACCGUGGAAGAGGCGAGUUUGAAGGAUGAAAUAAGUUAUUUGAAUUCGAGGUUAAAGUAG